UACAAACACACACGCACAGAGGGGAAGAGAGAGACAAGAGAGGGAGGAAGAGAGAGGAGGGAGCUCGUUCUUCUUCGCUCUCCGAAACUCUCCCCUUCGUUUGUUGCUUUACGAUUUCGAAUUUUUCUCUGUAAAAAAACUAUCUCUUGUUUGGGGAGAGAGAAAGAAGAAGCAAGAGUGAAAAUUUUCCAAGUUCCUGACUCAGGUGAUUCGUAGUUAAAUGCUCCGUGUUGCUGCGCUUUUCCGCUUCCCAGAGUAAUGUCGAUUUCCUGGAUUUCGAUAACCCCUAUGAAGAGGCAUAUGAUGUUGAAGACAGGCUGAGUCAGAGAAAAAGAGGAUAGGGACAGGUAGGUCAAAACUAUUUCUUGAAUUUCAGACGAUGUUGGGAGAAAAGAUGAAACUUGGGUCAAAAAGACGUUGGAAAUUGCUCGCCCCCCUACAUCUCAAAGGCAAAUCAUUUGCACGUUUUUGCUUGUUUUCCAAAGUGAAGUCAUCUAACUGUGGUCCAGGGCGUGCACCAGUGUAUCUCAGCGUUUAUGACUUGACUCCUAUUAACGGCUACAUCUAUUGGGCAGGCCUCGGCAUAUUUCACUCAGGUGUAGAAGUUCAUGGUGUAGAAUACGCAUUCGGAGCUCAUGAUUAUCCAACUAGUGGUGUUUUCGAGGUUGAACCACGACAAUGCCCUGGCUUCAAAUUCAAGAAAUCGAUAUUUAUCGGAACCACUAGUUUAAACCCUGCUCAGGUGAGGGAGUUUAUGGAGGACAUGGCGUGCAGUUACUAUGGCAAUACGUAUCACUUGAUCAUCAAGAACUGCAACCAUUUCUGCCAAGACAUUUGCUACAAACUUACUGGUAAAAGAAUCCCCAAAUGGGUAAAUCGGCUAGCGGAAAUAGGUUCAUUAUGCAGCUGCGUUCUUCCCGAGUCUCUCAAGAUCACAGAGGUUUGCCACGACCCGGAUGGUGAAAAUCCGGAGGAAGAGAACGAAAAACGGAGCCUUACAGGCUCAAUAAACUGCUUAACGUCGAUCUCGACUCGACAGAAACAGAUCUCAUCAUCAUCAUUGUUCCUACAAUCACCUCUGAGAGGAUGCCUACCUCCAUGGCAUCUCAGCCGCUCCAAAUCUGAUGCCAGUUCCUUCAAAGAACGGUAGCUGACAAAUAAAACACCCCUCACCAUUCACUGCUUCCUGGUAAUAAUAAUCUCUCUAUCUAAUCUGAUUUAUGUCAAAACCCUAAAAAUGGAACUUAAAUUUAUUAUAAUAGCCUUUGCGAAAAAAAAUUUAUUAUUUUGCUUAUGCUUAUACAAGUAAUCAGUGGUAUAAAUAUGAUGGUUAAUAAUUCCA